CUCUGCAAAACACAGCAGGAGAGGCAGAGGUGGAGGUGACAACACAGAAUACAGAGCUACUUCUACAGACGGAGCCAUGAGGUGCAACUUGCUGUUCUUCCUGCUCCUCCUUGCCUGCCUCUGUCUCACACUGGCACAAGGUUCCUAUGAGGACUGCUGUCUCAAGUAUGUCAAGGGGCUGAGCAAAGGUGUAUCCAGAAUGGCGGUGAAGUACAGAUGGCAGGAGACGGACGGCGGCUGCAACAUCGCUGCUGUAGUGUUCACCAUGAGGAGGGGCCGUGUGUUCUGUGGUGACCCCGCACAACAGUGGGUCAGAGACCUGAUGAAAAAUAUUGACAAAAAACACACCAGAAAGACAAUUCACCGACGAAGGCCCAAGAAAGUCUGAUCCAGGCCGUCUGCUGCAGAAGCCCCACUCUCCUCCACCCUUCGCAGAGCCUUAUUGUAAAUGAGUAACAUGUUUUAUGGUGCCUCGCUGGUUGGUGAUAGAGGAAGCUGGCCAAGAAGACCUCUUUGGCAUUGCUUUUGCUUUCACUUCUGCAUUGGGUGUAAAGGUGAAAGCCUGGCCUAUUCUGUCAGGACUCCCCGUAGCUUGAGCCCCACUUUCUGGUGCAGGGUGCGACUGCCGUAACUAAUGAUGCUGUCAGGUUAGCACUCACUGUAGGUGCAUUCAAUAACACGCCUGCUCCCAUGAUGAUGUGUGUGAUGAACUUUCAUUUUGAAGACAGUAGAAAUACAAUACAACUCAACCCCGUGUGCAGAUUUGCCUAAUUUAAUCAGUGGUGAUGGAGUGUAAGUGGAGUGUAAGUAUGUGUAUAAAGAAAGGUACAGGAAUGUUUUUUUUUUUUUUUUUUUUUUACAUUGCUUGUCACUAAACAAAUAUUGUUGGAUAUAAAAUGACCUUCUGAAUUCAUAAGCCAAACUGUAUGUCUCUCUUGUUAUAUAUUUUGUGCAUAGGUUUCAUAUGUUUCCCCCACUGGGAUAAACUUCCUUUACCUUUCUCUCAGUGUCAUUUAAAAUUUGGUCUUUACUUGUGUAGGAUUAUGUUGUGUCUUUUUUUUUCUUGGCCAUUUAGAAGUGUAUGUGUAUGUCAUUUUAUUCUUCAUCUUUACUGAAAAUUUCAUGAGCAAAGAGAAAAAGAGGACACCCCAUUCCACUCUUAAAUUUGUUUAGCUUCUAUAUAAGAAAGUCCUUUUUUCUAUAAGGAUACAAUCAGGAAUUCAUUUGAGCAAUCACUUUGUGAGUUUAACCAUAUAAGCUAUUAAAAGGUUUGACUUGUA